CGGCUUCAGAGCAAACGACAACAAAUUUCAGCUGAUUGAUACCUCUGGGCUCUUUGGUCCCCCAACGAGAAGAUCAAGAAUCCGGCAACCUUAGAGAUCUGAAAGACCUCCUUCACAGAAUAUUGAGCAUGUUGGACGACGACGAGUUGGAGGCCGAUGAGCGCUCCAAGCGCUAUGAGAAGAUCUCCUUUCUGGGCGAGGGUCAAUUUGCCACGGUUUACAAAGCCAAGGACUUGACCAUGGUGGCAGAAGAAGGUGAGGAAUCCGAUUGCAUCGUGGCCAUCAAGAAGAUCAAGUUGGGUUCUCGAGAAGAAACGAAAGAUGGCAUCAAUAGGACGGCUUUGCGGGAAAUCAAAUUACUCCAGGAGCUCCAUCAUGAACACUGCAUCAAUCUUAGGGACGUUUUUGGAGGAGUCAAUUCCAAUAUCUCGUUGGUUAUGGACUUAAUGGACACAGAUUUGGAGAUUGUGAUCAAAGAUAACACGCUCGUGCUUUCACCGGCCAACAUCAAGGCUUACAUCGUUCAAACGCUCCUGGGCUUGGAGUAUCUACACGAGUGUUGGAUCCUUCAUCGAGAUUUGAAGCCCAACAAUUUGCUGGUGAAUCGGCGAGGUAUCGUGAAGUUGGGUGAUUUCGGUCUAGCCAAAAGCUUCGGUUCACCCAAUCGUCAGUACACCCACCUGGUGGUGACCCGGUGGUAUCGAGCACCCGAAUUGCUUUUUGGGUCCAGAAUGUAUGGAACAGGGGUUGAUAUCUGGGCCGUGGGGUGCAUUCUAGCUGAAUUGCUACUAAGGCUUCCAUUUGUCGCCGGUGAGACUGAUUUAGAUCAAUUGGCCAAGAUUUUUAUGGCUAUGGGUACACCCACGGAGGAGACCUGGCCCGGGCACACCCAACUACCGGACUAUGUCAAGUUCAAGGCUUACCCGGGCACGCCGUUGCCUGACAUUUUCACGGCGGCUGGGCCGGACCUAAUCCAAUUGUUGGAACUCCUGUUCGCGAUGGAUCCCAACAAGCGUUGUACCUGCACAGAGGCGUUGAAACUCGAUUACUUCAAGAAUAAACCCUAUCCCACCCCUGGUCCACAACUACCUCUUCCCAGUGGAUUAAAAGAGGAGUCCGAAAAUCUCAAACCCGGGUCCAAACGCAAGCUCAGAGAUAACAUUGAUGGAACCGGCCUGGCCAAAAGGCUGGUGUUUUAACGAUUGUACCUAUUUAAGAGUAUUUUCUACACGCUCAUAUAUCUUUGCUUGCUAAAAGAAAGAGCAAACAACCAAAUGAAAUUGGUGGGAAGUCCAUUUUUCCACCUACGA